GCGAGCGAGCGAGCGCCUGUCGAGCGGGCGGCUGUCCUUGUUUCGAGCGGAACGAGUGCGUGCACCACACCGGGAUUUCUGCGUUCAAUAGCCUCGAGGCCAUGAAGACCCCCCCUGCCGCGCGCCUGGCGCUGGUUCUUCUGUCUUGUGUUGUAUGGACGUUGUACACCUGCGCAGACGGAUCAACCAAUUCUGGGCCAACAUGUGACAACGGAUGGACUCUUCACGGCUCCCACUGCUACAAGAAGAUGGAGACGUACAACGGUUGGGUGGGGGCUCGUUACGACUGCGUCUUAGAGGGCGCCGACCUUGUCUCCUUCACCGACGAGAACGAGCAAGACUUUGUGAAGAGGCAGAUGGGCGACAAGCCGUUCUGGAUCGGGCUCUCCAAUCUGAACUGCAACGACGAGGGGUGUUGGUUUUUUGAAGCGGGAGAAAAGGAGCUGACUUGGUCCAGCACCAGUAUGACGCCGGACUACACCAAUUGGAACACGGAUCAAAGUGCAAGGUAA